UGCAAUUUCCUUCUUUACAGAUUCUGAUUCAGAAUCGAAUGGUUGGCCUCAUUUUGUCUUGAAACGGAGUUUAUUAUUGAAAAUAUAUAUUUAUAUAGAGUUUCAUAUAAGUUUUAGGAUUGUAUAGAUAUUUAAAUACUGUUAAGAAUAUUUGUAAAUUAAUUAGAAAUAAAAUAUUAUGAAGAUUUGGACUUCAGAACAUACUUUCAAUCACCCUUGGGAAACAGUUGCACAAGCUGCUUGGAGAAAAUAUCCUAAUCCUAUGAACCCCGCUGUUGUUGGAAUCGAUGUUGUAGAUAGGAAGAUAGCAAAUGGUGUUUUAAAAACACACCGUUUGAUUAGCACAAAGUGGGGCCUGCCAUCAUGGGCAGUCAGGAUUCUUGGUACAGAUAAAACAUGUUAUGCCAGUGAACAUUCAGAAGUUGAUCCUAGGCAUAGAACCAUGACACUUCGCUCUAGAAAUUUAACGUUUUGUAAUGAAAUUUCCAUAGAAGAAAUGUUGACUUACAGUCCACAUCCCACAAAAUCUGAAUGUACUUUAUUAAAACAAGAAGCCAUAGUUACUAUUAAAGGAGUUCCAUUAAGUAGCUAUUUGGAAGAUUUCGUUGCGGGAACAAUAUCUUCAAAUGCAGGAAAAGGUAGACAAGCUAUGGAAUGGGUUAUCUCCAAAAUAAAUACAGAAGUUCAAGAAUUAACAAAUAAAACUGUAAAAAGUAUGGAUGAGAUUACUUCAGCAGCAAAGAAAGGAAUGGGUGAUUUUCAUCUUGCAUCUGAUCCACUACCAAAUCUUAAUUUUAAAAAAUGACUAUAAAUUAAUAAUUAGUUUCAAUUUAAGUUAGAUAUCAAAAAUACUUUUGUCAUGGCAAUAUUAUUAUUGAAAAUUGAUUUUAGAGUUUGAAAAUAUUCAAAUGCGACUAUCAGAAUUUUCGUACAUUUUUGUACGACUUAUUUAAGAAGAUACUAUUAUAUAUUGCAGUUAUUGCAAUGCUCCAUAAAAUAACAUUAUUUUAUAGACUAUCUUUAUUUAUGAACACAUAUACAAUAUUUGCCUUGUUCUAAUGUGAACAAUAAAAUAUUUCUAGAACAUUUAUACACUUUUACAGAUAGAAAUAACUUUCUUUUUAAAACUAGAUACAUAAAAAAUUCUUUAACAGAGAAGAAAUACAUUUAAAAUUUGAUUGUCUAUAAUUUGAAUAUCAACGAGUGAAAAGAAGAUAUAAUUUAUCCCGUUGUCCAAACUCUAUGUUUUGUUUUUUAAAAGAAAAAGUAUAUUGUAAUGUAUUUUUAAAAUUGCUCAAAACUGUCUACAUACUUUAUUUGGAUAACAUUUUCUAAUAAUUCUUAAGCUUGUUUAAAGACUUUUUAAUAUGAAAUUCUGUAUUAAGAAAAACAACUGGUCAUCUUUUAUGUUGAAUAAAGCAUUCUUUAGAAAUGAAA